AUGAUGCUCUCUUUAAAACUACUUCUGUACAUAUCUAUCAUUGUAUAUGCAGCAGAUUCCUUGCCGUCUAUGAACAUACCUUCGAUGUCAGCAUCUGGAUGUAAUAACCAUGAUAUUCAUGACGAGUCAACGAUUACAUCACCAUACUAUCCUCAUCAUUACCCAUUAUCCACAACUUGUAUUUAUACAAUAUUUGCUCCUGAGAACAAAAAAGUACAUCUGAAUUUCGGUUCAAUUCGUACAGAAGAUUGUUGCGACUAUCUUGAGGUAUUUGAUGGUUCAAAUAUUAAAUCUAAACGAUUGAGCAAAUUCGCUGGUAGCUUUGAAGAGAAUGAAAAAUCAUUUGAAUCAUCAACUAACUCAUUGACUCUCCGUUUCUAUUCCGAUUUGACUGUUACAUACAAUGGCUUUACUGCGAAUAUAACAUUCGUUUAG